AUGUUUUCGUGUUCUGACCUGAGAGGUGUGGUUGCUUAUCGAUUUCACCUCGACCUUGGGAAUGCGCCUAUCCCGGCUCCGGAUAUGCGGGGAGAGCCCGUCAAUCAAUUGUGGGACACGGAGAUUAUGGAGGAGCAUGAGUUAGCCAUUGGAUUGACCUUGGGGAAAGGAUACGUGAAGGGGAAUAGGGAAGGAUGCGGGAACCACGCGAAGGCUAGGGAUGGGCUGAAGGAGUUGGGGUCAGGUCAGCUCCAGGAUGUAGGAGAAUGUGUGAUGACUGGCUUUUGUGGCAAGGGCCCCAAUGGAGGUCUUGCCCCUUGUGCUAAUGAAGGCUUUCCCCAUCCCCUCUCUUCCAAGCAUGAGGCAUACUCUUUGCUCAAAGACCUCUGCCCUAGCUUCUAUGAAUCUGGUGCAGAGGAAGUGGAAGUAUGCUGCAGUGUUGAUCAAAUAUCAGCUCUGCAACUCAGCCUAGCACUCCCACAGCAGUACCUAGGAAAUUGUCCUGCUUGCCUUAAGAAUUAUCAAGAACUCCUAUGUCAACUACACUGCUCUCCUAGUCAAAGCCUCUUUCUGCAUGUCAAGGAAACCAGGAUCCAUGAAAAAGGUGAUGCAGUUCAGGCCAUGGACUUCUACAUUGAUGAUGAAACCCUGCAGAAGGUUUAUGAUUCAUGCCGAGGGGUUAAGGGGCAGUCUGGCUUUGCCUUGGCUGAACUCUGUGAUUCUCAGGAAUGUUUGAUCAGUGCUCAUCAGUGGGCACAACAUCUUGGCAACCUACAAAAAGGAUCCCCUUUCCAGAUCCACUUCACAUUUACGAAUGAAACUUUCAUUGAGGAAUUUGAACCAUUGCAGUUCUCAGUUCAUCCAUGUGGGAAGGAUGCCAUGGCUUGCAAGUGUGAUGAUUGCCCAGCUGCAUGUGAAGGAGAUGGUGAGCUAUUGCUAGGGAAAGAUCCAGAUCAACAUGAAGGAGAAGGGAUUCCUGCUGUGAAAAACCCAGAGUCUGUACGGACUGCACCUCAGCAUCCAAUGGCAAUUUCAAAGGGUCAAGAACCUGAAAAUAAAUCUCAUUCAGAAGCUCGAGCAGAUGGAGGCAUUGCUGAGACCGAGGUUCAGAAAGCUGAUGAUAAUCCCCAUUGUGUCAUCCAUGAUCGCUGUGGUGUCCAUGGUGGGAUUGUUGGACCAUCUCCUAUACCCUGCGUAUAUAACGGCCCUCCAGUUCCCAUUCCCUCUUCAAAGCCUAUUUACAAGACUCUCCUGGAAACAUGUCCUGAGUUCUUCCAAGACUUGAAUGAUGGUGAAGAUGUGACAGUGUGCUGUCAUGAGAACCAGAUCACUGCAAUGGUGGAUAGUCUCUCUCUCCCAAAGCAAUUUCUGGCUGGUUGCCCCUCAUGCUACCGAAGCUUCAUGCAACACAUUUGUUAUAUCUCCUGCUCACCCAUUCAGUCCACAUUCAUGAAAGUCACAAAAGCAUUCCCAAGUGAUGAAAAGCCUGGUCAAAUGGCUGUUGGAGAGAUGGACUACUACAUUUCUGAAGCAUAUGUAUAUGGGACGUAUGACACUUGCAAGAAUGUCCGCUAUGGACAGACGGGAGACCUUGCAUUGCCAUUUCUUUGUGGUUUCAAUCAAGAUUGCACACCCCAUGAUAUGUUCAAUUAUUUGGGUAACAUUUCAAAUGGGCAGGCUCCCUUCCAGAUCAACUAUUUGUAUCAGACUGCAGACGAAGUCAAUGGCUUCAAACCCAUGAAUGCUACUAUUGCCAAAUGCUCUGAGGCAUUUACUCCAAAUUCAACUGAUGCUGUAGGCUUCCCAUGCAGCUGUGCAGAUUGUCCUGACGCAUGUCCUCAAAAACCAUCCUACCCACUCCCACCUGGAGACCUAGAGAUCAUUGGGAUUGAUGGUUAUAUUGUCAUCUUUUCUUUAGUUUUCUUGUUCCUCGUUGGCAUCUUCAUCGGUUCCCAGUUAUUCAUCUGGUUUUGCCGAAAUUCUGGCAAGGAGCAUAUGGGGGUAUAUGGGGCACGAGCAGGGGAGAUCUCCCAUACAAUAGGAAGUCGACUGGCUGGCAUAACUCAUUCCCUAGAAGCAGGUCUACAGCAUCAAGAAGCUGAGGAAUAUGCCCCUCUGCAGGGCUUUAACGGAAAACAAAUGUGUGCAACAUACCCUAUCCUCACACUGGUGGCCUGUCUGGUGUUAGUCACUAUCCUCUCCUGUGGGAUUCUUUUACUGAGGAUCACAUUGGACCCUGUUGAACUAUGGGCUGCACCUGACAGCCGUUCACGACUGGAAAAGGAUUACUUUGACAAGACUUUUGGGCCAUUCUUCAGAGCUGAACAAGUGAUUAUCAAGGCUGGAAGAAACGUUCCAUAUUUUGAAUAUGAAGUUGAUAAUCAAAACAAGACUUUUGGGCCAGCAUUUAAUGCGUCUCUAAUGCGAGAAGUCUUCAAGUUGCAGCUGGAAAUCAUGAAGCUGGAAGCUGAUUACAAGGAUGACAAAGUGACACUGUCUCAGAUCUGCUACCAGCCUGUGAGGAGUGACCCCAAUGAUGUCACUCUUUGUGCAAUUCAAAGUAUCCUGCAGUUCUGGAAGAAUAAUGAAACUACAUUCAAUGUUGAUUUCGAUAUUGCACUUUUUAAUGAUGACUGCCGAGCAGCAUAUGAAGGGCCAGUGGAUCCAUACGUGGUAUUGGGUGGGUUCCUUGGACCCUAUGGCAUUGCUGGAGAUCAUGAUGUUCGCAAUGCAUCUGCUUUGCUACUCAGCUUUAUUGUUGUGAACCAUUAUAAUAACUUGGAAGCCAUUGAGAAAGCUAAAGCUUGGGAAAAAGUGUACAUUGAUUUCAUGAAGGAAUAUGUAUCAACAAGUAAGGCAGUUAAGGAUCAGCUGAUAGAGGUUGCCUUCAGUUCUGAGCGUUCCAUUCAAGAUGAACUGGAACGAACAUCAAAAGGCGACAUCCCAACUGUUGCAGCCAGUUACAUCAUCAUGUUCGCCUACAUUGCCAUCACUCUUGGCCAGAUCCGAGACCUCAACCCUAAGCAUAUGCUGAUGGACAGCAAGAUCACCCUUGGCCUUGGAGGAGUCCUAAUCGUUUUAUUCUCUGUUUCUGCCUCAGUUGGCUUCUAUGGUUAUAUUGGAGUGCCUGCCACAUUGAUAGUCAUUGAGGUGAUUCCAUUCUUGGUCCUGGCUGUUGGUGUAGACAACAUCUUCAUCAUGGUACAGAGCUUCCAGCGUGCCACCAAAAAUGAGCAGGAAGAUCCCAAUCAAUUCUUGGGCCGUGUUAUUGGAGAAGUUGCUCCAUCCAUUCUCCUGUCAGCCUUAUCAGAAGCAUGCUGUUUCUUCCUCGGUGCCCUAUCAGACAUGCCAGCUGUGAAGGCAUUUGCCCUCUAUGCAGGCAUGGCCUUGCUUGUUGAUUUCCUGCUUCAGGUCACUGCUUUUGUGGCUCUCUGCAGUCUGGACAACCGCCGCCACAAGGAUCAUCGUUAUGAUGUGCUGUGUUGUGUGAGGGGACCAAAGAAGGAGCGCUCAAAUGGGCAUGGCAUCCUCUACAUUUUGUUUAAGGAGCUAUAUGCUCCUGCCCUCCUGAGCAAAUUUGUACGCCCUGUCAUCAUGAUUCUCUUCAUGUUCUUCAUGUGUCUCAGUUUAAUGGUAGUGCCCAAGAUUGAGAUUGGACUUGCAGAGGAGUAUGGUGUGCCUGAGGACUCCUAUGUACUCAAGUAUUUCCAAGUAUGGAAACAGAGCUUAUUAAAUGAGUGCUCUUGCAUGAAUCACCUCAACAAGCUCAGUUCCUUGUUCAUAAUUCAAUUUUGUGGUUAUUUUUUGCAGUUCCUGAAGUUGUAUUUGUCUGUGGGAGUUCCAACAUAUUUUGUUCUAAGGGAUGGCUACAAGUUCACCAGCAUUCCAGAACAAAAUAAGAUAUGUGGAAAUGUUGCUGGCUGUAGUCCUGUGUCCCUUGUAUCACAAGUUGAUUCCGCCUCUCUCAACUCCUCUAUAACAUACAUUGCAAAGGCCCCAAUGACAUGGAUUGAUGACUAUCUGAAAUGGUUGGAGACCAGCAAUUGCUGCAAAAUGGAUCCUGAAACACAUGAUUACUGUUCUCAAGAAGAUGCAUUCCGGAAUGGUUGUAUAGACUGCAACGAACUGUAUGACUUCCGCCCAGUCAAUGACACCAUCUACAAAUUUGUUGAAAAUUUUCUGGAAGAUGUCCCCACAACAGACUGUAUUGUUGCUGGGCAUGCUGCUUAUGCUUCAGCAGUGAAGUUGAAUAGGAAUUCGCAAGGGAAAGUGACUGAUAUAGGUGCCACCUACUUCAUGACAUAUCACACUAUCCUCAAGACAUCUCAUGAUUUCUAUACUGCACUGGAGUGGUCUCGAGAAAUUUCUGCUAACAUCACAAAGACUUUGAAUGAGGGCCAGAACACAAACUAUGAAGUGUUUCCUUAUUCAGUAUUCUAUGUGUUCUAUGAGCAAUACCUGACGAUGUGGCCAGACGUACUGCGUUCCCUAGGCAUCAGCCUGAUAGCCAUCUUUGUUGUAACCUUCGUCUUACUCGGCUUAGAUCUCCACUCUGCCAUCAUGAUAGUCAUCACUAUUGUCAUGAUUCUCAUCAACAUUGGAGCAGUUAUGUACCUCUGGAACAUCACACUGAAUGCUGUUGCUCUAGUCAACCUGGUCAUGGCAGUUGGAAUAUCAGUGGAGUUUUGCAGUCACAUCGUGAGAGACUUUGCUCUUUCCACCCAAGGGGACCGUGUUGAGCGAGCUCGGGAUGCCCUGACACAUAUGGGCAGCUCAGUGCUGUCUGGGAUCACCCUGACAAAAUUUGGAGGCAUCAUAGUACUAGCAUUUGCUAAAUCCAAAAUUUUCCAAGUUUUUUAUUUCCGAAUGUAUCUCAGCAUUGUGCUGGUUGGUGCUGCCCAUGGUUUAAUUUUUCUUCCUGUCUUCCUUUCCUACUAUGGGCGGGGGAGCCCGCUUGGAAGCAUUGGCCAGACUUCAUCCACGCAGCGUAUCAUAAACCCUGCCGACAGCACCAACAAACUCAACGGGGAAUAUGUGGAAGUACGCACUCUUCCUGGCCAGGAAAGAAGGGAGGAAGACGAGGAAAGCUGAGACACUAAAGGAGUAGGAUUACAGAAUGGAAAAAAAUCUGACCUGUACACUGUGAUUCCAAACAUGGAGCAAAGGGAAGCGUGGAAUUGACUUCCACUUGAAAUCUGCUUCACAAUCUGUUUCACGCAUCUUUUCCAACGAACCUGUGUAACUAUCCUUGUUAAGCAAAGCAACAAUCUAGUUUCUGUUUCCUAUGUUUUCGUCGCUCAAUAUUUUGCCGUCGCCGGGAAGGAAUGAUCACACAGUGACUGUUUUUUACCCUCUGUUACUGCUGUGAUGUCACGAGAAGAUACGAUAAACAGGAGUGGAAGGUGUAUUUAUUAUAUCUUCAUCUUAUUGUGGGAAUCUUGUAGCUUUUUGAAUGUGAUGCCAUUCUUAUGCAGGAUGUCUCUCAAAUGAAUGUGGUAGGUCUUUAGAAUUAAUUUCCCACUUGGUUGUUCAUCCUAUCCUUGCCAGUAUUUCAUGUGUCCACCACCUGCUGCUAUCCUGUACUCAAAAAUUUAUUUUUCAUCAUUUUUAGCAGUUCAUGCUUGAGAGGUGCAGGAUCAAGUCUUGAGCAUUCCCUUCAUAAAUUAUUUUUGAAUGGCUGGGUUGGAAUAAAUGGAAUAAAUUACGUUUCUCCAUGCC